GCAGAUUAUUUUGUCACUGCAGAUCUUGAAGGUAUAUACACUGGUUUGCAAAGUUAAGGCUGCUAUAAAGAGGAUGAAAAUAGCUGUGAUCGGUCAGUCGUUGUUUGGUGCGGAGGUGUUUCGUCUGCUACAGAAAGAUGGACAUGAGAUUGUUGGAGUCUUCACCAUUCUUGAUGUAAAUGGAAAGGCAGACCCGCUUGCCCUAGCUGCAGAGGAGAAGAAGGUUCCUGUCUUCAAGUACAAGAGGUGGCAGCUGAAAAAACAGGCCAUCCCAGAAGUGGUGGAGGAAUACAGGUCUGUUGGAGCCGAGCUGAACGUUAUGCCGUUUUGCUCACAGUUCGUUCCCAUGGAGGUGAUCACGUUCCCCAAACACCAGUCUAUCAUUUAUCACCCGUCUAUUCUUCCACUACACAGAGGGGCGUCCGCCAUCAACUGGACUCUGAUACAAGGUGACAAGAAGGCAGGUUUCUCGAUAUUCUGGGCGGAUGAUGGACUGGACACGGGACCAGUUCUUCUACAGCGACACACCUACGUGGAGCCCAACGACACAGUGGACACACUCUACAACAGAUUCCUCUUCCCAGAGGGCAUCAAAGCUAUGGGAGAGGCAGUACAGCUGAUUGUUGAUGGCAAGGCUCCCAAGUUAGUUCAGACCGAGGACGGAGCAACAUAUGAUGCCAUGAUAAAGAAGGAUAAAGUGGAGAUAAACUGGAAGCAGCCAGCCAGUGAUCUCCACAACUUUAUCCGUGGUAACGACAAGGUUCCUGGGGCGUGGACUACCAUCAAUGGUGAAAAAAUCACCCUGUUUGGAUCACGGUUGUGGAACCGACUCCCGCCGCGUGGAACCAGUGUUGAGAUACCCGGUGCUACUAAACCUGCUAUUGUUCACAAGAAUGGAAUGGUUUUCUUCGGCAGUGAUCAAAAGAUGAUAAACGUGAACCAGGUGCAGCUGGGGAGUGGUAAGAUAAUCCCUGCGUCGAAAUACGGCAAAGAGGAUCUGUCCUCACAGAAGAUAGAACUCACCCCGGAGGAAGACAACAUGGUCAAAGGGCUCAAGGACAUUUGGGGUGGCAUUCUAAACGUGUCGGUUACAGAUAGCACAGAUUUCUUCAAAGCUGGAGCUGGGUCUAUGGAUGUUAUCAGGUUGGUAGAGGAGGUGAAGCAGAAGUGUGGUGGGAUUCGGCUAGAGAUCGACGACGUGUAUAUGAACACCGUGUUUGAGGAAUUCACCGGCCUGGUGGUUCGCAGAGGCCGCGGUAUCGAAGACAAGGAACCCUUUACGUUUGACGCAGUAGAAAUGCAUGUUAACAACAUGGACAUCACAUUUCCCCAUCAGUGUUUCAUAGACAAUGAGUUUGUCGAUUCUUCUGAUGGUGCAACUUACGAGACGAUCAACCCCACUGAUGAAACGCCCAUCUGUAAAAUAGCACUGUCAACUGUUGAAGAUGUCCACAGAGCUGUGGAAGCUGCCCAGGAAGCCUUUGAAGAAGGAAAGUGGGGCAAGAUGAAUCCUCGGGAUAGAGGAACACUUAUGUACAGACUGGCUGAUUUGAUGGAAGAACACCAAGAGGAGCUUGCGACGAUAGAAAGCAUCGACUCGGGGGCCGUGUACACGUUGGCUCUCAAAACACACGUAGGAAUGUCCAUACAGACGUUCAGGUACUUCGCAGGAUGGUGCGACAAAAUCCAUGGCACAACCAUUCCAGUGAAUCAUGCCAGACCAAACAAGAAUUUAACAUACACUAAGAGAGAGCCCAUUGGUGUUUGUGGUAUUGUUGUGCCAUGGAACUACCCACUGAUGAUGCUGGCAUGGAAAAUGGCUGCCUGUCUGGCUGCUGGUAACACUGUGGUGCUGAAACCAGCACAGGUGACGCCGCUGACAGCUCUGAAAUUUGCCGAGUUGGUUGUCAGGGCAGGAUUCCCUCCCGGAGUUAUCAACAUUCUGCCUGGAUCAGGGGCGCGAGUUGGCCAGGCAUUGUCCGACCAUCCUGAUGUGCGGAAACUCGGAUUCACUGGAUCAACAGCAGUUGGGAAAACAAUAAUGUCCAGCUGUGCUCGAAUCAAUCUGAAGAAGGUGUCAUUGGAGCUGGGAGGGAAGUCUCCGCUUAUCAUAUUCGCUGACUGUGACCUGGACAAAGCCAUCAGAAUGGGCUGUGGAGCAGUGUUUUUCAACAAGGGAGAGAACUGUAUUGCAGCUGGCCGACUGUUUGUUGAGGAGUCGGUGCAUGAUGAGUUUGUCAGAAGAGUGGUAGAGGAGGUAAAGAAGAUGAAGAUUGGUGACCCUCUUGACAGAUCUGUUGACCACGGACCCCAGAAUCACCGGAACCAUCUGAACAAACUACUAGCGUACUGUAAGAAAGGCGUGGAGCAGGGGGCCAAGUUGGUGUAUGGGGGGAAGCAGGUGGACCGCCCAGGCUUGUUCAUGGAGCCGACAAUAUUCACUGAUGUGGAGGAUGACAUGUUCAUUGCCAAAGAAGAAUCAUUCGGACCAGUUAUGAUCAUUUCCAAGUUCAUCGAUGGUGACAUAGAUGGCGUCAUCAAGCGAGCGAAUGACACCGAGUACGGCCUGGCAUCUGGUGUGUUUACUAAAGACCUGAACAAGGCAAUGCACGUGGCCGACAGUAUCCAGGCGGGGACGGUGUUUGUCAACACGUACAACAAGACAGACGUCGCCGCACCAUUCGGAGGAUUCAAACAGUCCGGCUUCGGAAAAGAUUUAGGUGAAGAGGCACUUCAUGAAUAUCUGAAGACAAAGGCAGUCACACUAGAGUUUAGUGUGUAAUGUGAUACAGCAUGAAUGAAGUAUAAUGACAAUAAUAGAGUAAAGAUACACUGAUAAUUAAAUAAACUGUAAACAGUAAUAGACAGAUGGCUACUAUAUUGGAUAAUUUGGAAUAAUCAGGUGGCUGUUUAAUACAGGUCAGUUUGUACUAUAUUAGAUGAUUUGAAACAAUAAUUGGCUUCUUUAAACGUGGCCUUUUAACUGAGGUGCCUGCAGGAGCAGGUUUUUCUUAUUAGUCCUCUGCUGGUCCAACCAGAAGGGACUAUAGGUUUCAUCUAUGUUCUUCUGUCUGUCCGUCCAUCUGUCUGUCCCACAUAUAGUUUUCUGGACGUUUUUUCAACAAUGCCUUGAGAUAUUGAGCUGAUAUUUUUUAUAUAGCUUUAUCAAGUACUGUUACAGAUCAAGUUUGUAUUUAUUGGCGAUUUAUCUAUUUGUGACAGAGUUAAGGCCCAUGAACUUAGGAGAUACUGAAAUUUGUCGGGCCUGGUAGGGAACAUGGGUUGACAGAUGUGAUGAAAUUUUUUUGAUUUUAUUUUAAUUCUAAGGUUUUGUUUUCUGUUAUGUAUGAUUUUAUAUAAUAUGAAUUUUAAAUAUAAUUUUACUUAACUAACUAUUUUCAUGAUUUAACAUUAUAAAAUCAUGUAUCUGAAUUGUUUAUAUAUGAUUUUAUGUAUGAAUAUUUUAAAUGUGAUUUUGCUUAAGUAUUUUUCAUGAUUUAACAUUAUAAAAUCAUGUAUCUAAAUUGUUUGUGUUAAGCAAUACAUGUCCUCUUUAUAUUUGUUUUGUUAAGCUAAUUUGAUUGGUAUAUGUUAAGACUGUUUGUGUAUUUGCAUAAUUUAGUAUUGUUAUUUAUUACAGUGUAUUGAGACAUAUUGAGAAAUACAAAAGAGUCAAUACAAAUUCCAGAACAACCCAGGCAAUUAAGAAAAUGAUCCACGGCAAAAAUUAUUCCUUGGACAAAAUAUUCUCCACUACAUUUUCCUUGGCAGCUUUGAGGUUAAUGUGUAUGAGAGGAGUUUAAUUUGUCAAUAUUAAAACAAAUAAUAAUUAUUUUUAAAAAGUGACAUAGAAAAUUGCAAGCUCCAUGGGAAUUUAAAUGUCGUGGGUAAUUGAAAACAUGGUGGCAAUCUUCACAGCAUAGCUGGUUGUCGUGGUUAAUUGCUCAAUAAUUGUUAAGUGAUAUUACUGAUCUAGAUAGAGGCAUAUAAAACAAACAUGGUUGCAUAGGCGUACGGGCUCUCAUUUUGGUGAGGUGGGACGUAGCCCAGUGGUAAAGGGUUCGCUUGAUGCACGGUCGGUCUAGGAUCGAUCCCCAUCGGUGGACCCAUU